AUUUCACAAAGACUGUCAUUUCUAUUGAUACUUUCUUGUUAUACAAAAAUAUAAUUUUAGAAUUUAAAAUGUAGUUUAUACAUAUUUUAAGUUUCAUAUUAGUUAUAAAAUGCAUUGAUUUUAUAUAUAAUACUAUUUGUUUCAAUAUUAUUGAUUAAAUAUAUAUAAUUAAUAAAAAUAUAAAUAUAUUUCUAUUAUUUUUUUAAUUUGUGCGAAAUUUAUCAAAUUAAAAAAGAAGAUGUAUCUCUCAAUUAAAUGAACCAGUAAAUGAUAACAAGUGGAGUUUCAGUUUCUUGAAAAAAUGGAUAGAGAACCUCUGGUUAAUCUCUCGCUUACUUUUAUAUAAUUUGUUAUUAUAUUUAUUUAGAGAAACUCUUCUAGACAUGUUCUUGGAUUCCCAUGUUCUUAGACUACAAGGGAGGUGUUGAAACUUUAAUUCAACAGUUUAAUACUUACAAUGCAUGUGUUGAAAGGAGAGUUGAAUCAUAGGUGGAUUAAUCAUAGUUGAAUAUUUUCAACUAGUUGAAUCGAACAUGGGUGGAGAGAGAGAGUCCACAUGUCAUAUUAUUAUUAAAGUUAAAAAUUGAAAUUUGAGGAAGAAAGAGAAUGAAAUAAUUUAUUUUGUUUUUUCCACCUCCAUUAUUUGAUGUCAUUUACUUCAUAGUAAAUUAAUUUUUAUAUUUAUAUUUUAAUCAUAAAAUUUCAUCAUUUUUCAUACUCUAUUAAUAGAAAUUUGUUUCAUUUUAUUUGGACAUAUAUUUAUAAAUAGAGAUUAAUCUCACGUUUAACCAAAUGCAGUGGUGUGUUUAAUCAAACGUUUAAAAUGAUUUGGCACACAACUAGCUGAAAAAAUUAAACCCGUUGAGAGGGAGAGAGACAGUCUGAUGUGGCAUAGUUCCAUUGGCCAAAGAGAAAGUGGUUCUGCCGACUUUUCUUUGAUUGGUUGUGUUUUAGUUUUUUUUUUUUUCUUCUUCUACAUUAUUUCAUUCAAUUAUUGUAUAUUAAAAUAUUUAUUUUAAAAAAAAAUUAUAUCAAAAUUUAUCAUAUUUCAUACUCUAUAAAUAGAGACUUGUUUCAUUAGAUUUGGACACAGAAAAAAAAACCAUCUUUAGCCUCUCAUAACUCUCGUUUCUAUAUUUUUUCUAUCUUCUUUGAAAAAAUGGAUCCCAACCAAAACUCUUCUAAUAAUAUCCAAAACCCUUCAAACAACCCUUUUAACUAUCCGAAUCCCAACAACUAUCCAUUCCAAAAUCCGUUUCCUAACCCCAACCAACCCCAAAACAUACCAAAUUAUGGUUUUCCACCAAGUUUUUUCACGCCAUCGGCUGUUCCAAACUACCAUCCAUAUUAUGGUUCGCCAAUGUCAUAUUCAUCUCAACCACCCACUUAUUCUUCUACUCCAACGGAUAAGGAAAUUGCUUCGAAUGUUGGAGCAACUGAAUUUCCCGAGUUUUCUACACAAAUGACUCUUGGUGGUAUAAGUGGGGUUAAUGAAGCAACUCUUGGAGCAGACAGUUCAGCCUCUGCUACCCGAAAAAGCGUCAAAUGGACAACUGAGCAAAAUUUGGUGCUAUUGAGUGGGUGGAUCAAAUACGGAACAAACAGCGUUGUUGGCAGAAACCAGAAAAGUGAAUCAUUUUGGGGCAAAAUUGCUGAGUAUUGUAAUGAACAUUGCUCAUUUGAUCCUCCGCGCAGUGGAGUUUCAUGCAGAAAUCAUUACAACUACAUGAACCAAAAAUUGUCAAAAUGGAUUGGCGCUUACGAUAACGCUAAGCGUAUGCAACAAAGUGGGUGGUCGGAGCAAGAUGUAUUGGCGAAAGCGCAAGAAAUCUAUUCAGGUGGUGGUACCGGAAAUUUCAAUUUAAUGAAAGAAUGGAUCGCUGUCCGUGAUCAACCACGUUAUGGUAGUCAAGUUGGAGGGAAUAGUGGCUCUAAAAGCAGUGGAUCUAAGAGAGCCCACGAUAGUGAUGCUAGUGACUCUAACUCUGUUGGAUCCACUGCUCGUCCAAUGGGAAGGGAUGCAGCAAAGAAAAAAGCUAAAAAGAAAGGCAAGAGCGUAGCCCUGGAAGUGGUCAACGAAGAUUUUAAUGAAUUCAAACAAAUCAAGGCUCAAGAGUUUGAACGCUUGGAAAAAUUAGCCAUGUUGCAAGAGGAGGCAAACGAAAGGCGAAAGGAGGCAAUCCAAAGGCAAGAGGAGGCAAACCAAAGGCAAGAGGAGGCAAAUCAAUUGAUGAAAGAAAAAACUCGGGCUAAGAAGAUGAAGAUGUGGCUGAAGCUAAGUGAAAAGGAACAUCUCAAUGACCAGAGCAACGAGUUGUUCCAACAGUUGAGCUACGAAUUAUUUGGAAAAUAAUUGUAGUCACAAGUGGUUUCUGCAUCAUCCCACUCCAUGCUUGUCUGCACCAUGUCACUUCAUGCUUUUGUAAUGUUUGUUGUAAUUUUCUCCUUUAAUAAUGUUGUUGUCUGUUGAUGCUUUAAUAAUGUAUUGUUAUGUUAUGGUUUAAUAAUAUAAAAUCUUAUCCGUCAA